GCUGUGCUGCGGCGCUGCUGGCAACUGCCCUGGGAAAUGACAAGGACUCCUGCACCUUUGCGGCAACGCUCCUGGGAGUGAACGAGGUUCCCAAGAACAACUCCAAGGCAGCCAAAGCCUCUGUGGGUGACCUGCGAGGUGUGGGCUACCUGCGCCUCACAAUCUACAG